AUGGAAAGACUGCAGCAAGAUGUUGAAGACUUAAAGAAAUCAUAUAUAAAAGAAGCCUCUCCUCUAUUAAAAAAAUCUUAUCAGCAGCUUGCAGAGCUUCACUCUAAAAAGCUGAGAAUGCUUCCUCACGUAUUAAUAAACAUUGUGACAAAUAAGGCAAACCCGAAGAGAAAAAAAGAAAAAAUAAGUUGUGCCUCAAGCAAUUCCUCGUCUUUUUCAACAUGUAAAUCUCCUUCGAGCAGCAACAAAUUAUAUGGGAUAUAGAAAUUUCUCAUAGAUGGCGCUGUUUGCCCUUGAUUUGCCCACUGGGGAAAAUUUUUGGUUCCGCCAGUACCAUAUGGUUUGGUCAAACCAAAAAAAAUUUACUCAUGGGCAAAUCAAGGGCAAACAGCGCCAUCUAUGGGAAAUUUCUAUAGCUUCCAACGAAAGUUACGAUAAUUUUAGUAAAGGAAACUCAACCAAAAAUUAUCCACCAAAAAGAUCGAUAACAUCUUUACAAAAUUAUGGGCUAGAAAAUAAUAAGCAUACUAUUUCAUAUGAAAACUCAGACAGUAGGCACAUUAUGCUUGAAUUUACUCCAAAUGUGUUUGCUGACACAAAUGUGUCGAUACCUGUUAGUCUUUCACCGCUACUUCCGAAUAAAUUCCAAAAGCAGGCUUAUAGCAAAGAUGUGAAGAUUAAAGGAAGAAAUGCCAUAACUGGUAGGCCUGUUUUUAAAGUUUAA